AUGUUCUUAAGGGACAAGCCCAUCAAGAAGACAGUUACCUACUUCAUCAAACCUGGUGACUUCGUCAUAAUAUCUAUAUUGUUCAGUCAACCAAAAGACAUCGACACAUGGCGUCAGCGAUUGGCGGGUUUUAAUCCAGUCGGAAACAAGGCGAGCACUGGAAAUCCAACAUUUCAGGUGGACGAGUACGACCCCUCACAGAGCGGAGAGACGUACGCUGGUGAAGUCGCAUUCAAACGGAAAGAGGCUGAUGCUGAAGGGCGCUCUGAGCCCCACUCACGAAACCGCAAAUCUGGUGCCACCGACCUCGCAGACCUCAUAUUCAAGGCCUUCACGCUGACAUGCUUUUUGUGCAGCGAUCUGUGGGGCGCCUUGGUAGCGUCACUUCGAUCUGACCCUCCUGAAAAUGGUAACUUCUGA